AUGAAGAGCUUAUUAUAAGACCAAUCCAUCUAUUGAAAUCAUGAAUUAAUACUUAGAUGUAAUUGGUAGUGUUUAUGUAUUUGAAAUUAGCAUUAACCAUAAUGAACUCCAUUUAUAAUCGAAGUGUUUAUGUAAUUCGUAGUGUACUAAUUAAUCUAAUAGUGAUGCUGGCAAUCUUCUCCUUCUUUAUGCAUUGGGAACCCAAAUCAUUCCCCACUUGUAAAGUUCAAAACUUUUUGUAGUUCAUCAGUUACGAACUUACAAUGCACACAAAUCUCUUCUUCCUCUCAUCAUUCAAUCAUUUCUCUCUUCUCCACUUCUAGUUAAUGGAAACCCAUCUUCCCUCCCUGUUUUUUCUUCUCAUUUUCCUCUCAUUUCUCCUCCACUGUCCGGCCAAGCGCUGCCCGGACUGCGGCCGCACGCCGGUGCCGUACCCACUCAGCACGCGCCCGGAUUGCGGUGACCCUCUUUACAGAGUCCGUUGCGCCGCUGCCGAGCUCUGGUUCGAGUCCGCAAAUGGGUCUUCGUAUUUGAUCACUUCCGUUAAUUCAGUAGCUCGGAAGCUGAUCAUCCGGCCGCCGGGGUUGGCCAAAAACACCUGCGUGUCAUCGGAUUUUCGGACCGAUGGUUUUUGGCUCGAUACGCGCCUUCCUUUCACUAUUUCCGAUAGAAACACGGUUUUGCUCUAUAACUGUUCGAUUGAAGUCCUCGAAAAUAAUUGGAACUGUUCACACAAUAGCGUCUGUCAUGACUUUAUCAAGCAGAAUCCGGUGGCAAUGGCGGCGUGUAAGACGGCGCCGACGUGCUGUUGGUACACGAGUGGCGGUUCCUUGACUUCGUAUAGAAUCAGGGUGCGGAAGGAGCGGUGUUCGGCUUAUGAGUGUUUUGUUAAUUUGGGUGGUUCUGCUCCGGCGAAGAAGUGGCCGGAACCUGGGGUGGAGAUUCAAUGGGCACCACCGCGAGAACCACCGUGUCGUGUGGCUAUGGACUGCCGGAAUUGGGAGAAUUCUGCUUGUUUGCCGGACCAUACAAACCCCAAGCAGAAGAGGUGCUUAUGUAAGGUGCCUUCCAAGUGGGAUCCUGUAAAUGGAUUGUGUAAUGGCAAUAAUUUGAAAAUACAGAACAAGACAAUUCAUAAGAAGAAGCACAAGAAGGUGCCUGUUAUUCUUGGGGGAGUAAUGGCAGGAGUAUUUCUAAUGGUGAUUGGAGGCUCAAUCAUAUUUGUAAUUUCCAAAAGACGUGAACAGCUUCCAAAAAGGAACGAGCUGAGUUCAAAACAAGUUCGUGAAGUGAUUCUAACUGCUAACAGCAGUGGAAAAUCGGCGAGGAUGUUCACAACCAAAGAGAUAGCAAAGGCCACAAACAACUUCUCCAAAGAGAAUUUGCUUGGUUCCGGUGGCUAUGGAGAAGUCUUCAAAGGCAAUCUAGAAGAUGGAACUUUAGUAGCUGUUAAACGUGCCAAGCUGGGUAGCAUGAAGGGAAUUGAUCAAAUCCUAAACGAAGUUAGGAUUCUUUGUCAGGUGAACCAUCGAUACCUUGUUCGUCUACUCGGAUGUUGUCUCGAACUUGAGCAACCACUCUUAAUAUAUGAGUACAUCUCAAAUGGGAACCUAUUUGAUCACCUUCAUGGGAAUACAAGUUCAAGCAAGUGGCCACCAUUGACAUUAAGUCAUCGACUCUACAUUGCUCGGCAAACAGCCGAUGGCCUUGCUUAUCUCCACACUUCAGCCAUGCCUCGAAUCUAUCACCGAGACAUAAAGUCGAGCAACAUUCUACUAGAUGAGAAGUUGAAUGCUAAAGUAGCUGAUUUUGGGCUGUCUAGAUUGGCUAUAACUGAGUCAAGCCAUAUUACAACUGGGGCACAGGGAACAUUAGGCUAUCUAGACCCAGAAUAUUACCUAAACUUUCAAUUGACAGAUAAGAGUGAUGUUUACAGUUUUGGAGUUGUCAUGUUGGAGCUAUUGACUUCUGAGAAAGCCAUUGAUUUUAAUAGAGAAGAGGAAGAUGUAAAUUUAGUAGUUUAUAUCAAGAAGAUCAUCCAAGAAGACAGAUUGAUGGAGGUUGUUGAUCCUGUGAUUAAACAUAGAGCAAGCAGAGUUGAAGUGGAGAUAAUCAAAGCAUUGGGGUCUUUAGCAGCAGCUUGCUUGGAUGAAAAGAGGCAGAAUAGACCUACCAUGAAAGAAGUUGCUGAUGAGCUAGCCAACAUUAUUUCCAUUCUUAACAAUGAGGUCCUGGAAGUUCAAAACUCGGGCUACAGACUACCGCUGCUAUUAUUUUUGCACGGUUGGUUUUGGUGCCUUCUACAGGACUUUGGCAUAGUCAUGUUAGCUGACAAGCUUGGCUUCCUUCCUCCAGAUGAUAAAAUGUUCCACAUUCAUUCUUCUUCAGCAUUCGGUGCCAACAUGUGUCCUCUCAAGUAAGCUCCAACUUUGAGAACAACUAAGAACAAACAAGCGAAUACUCAAAUUGAUCAGCAGUCUUCGCCUCAUUAUUCAUUUCCUGAAAUGAAAGAAGCGAAGCUUGUUUAAGUCAAAAUACAUGUCCUUGAAGGCUUUAACUCAUGAAGCAAAUUAUUGUCUGUAGGUGUUGUGGCUACUUUGAGGGGCUGUGGUAGUGAUUUUGCUGCUAUUCUUUUCUGGGUUCAUAUAUUUUCUGUCAUCUAAAGAAAUUGCAACCUUGUGAAUAAGUUUCAUAUUUUCAAUACUUCUGCUUAUUCUUUGUUAAA